UUCAACUUUCAAGAAAAAAAGUAUAAUAAAAUAAAUACAAGGAGAAAAUAAAACAUAAUAUAGGUAUAGUACCGGUUUCAGACUUGCGGUAUCUUCAAGAAUCUCCACAUAGUACAUAGUGAGUUGCUGUCUCUUUUUUUUUUUUUUUGAAAGAAAAUGAAAAUCUCUUGCGUUUAAUGAUUAAUGUUUUGGGUUAUAUUAGUACAUAAACCAGAUUAGUUAGCUCUGGUAAUAGGGAUUAUGGUGAAAAUACUUUCAUUUAAGCGUAUUUUCUUUAUUCCUUCUGUUAAAACGAGAAUCUUGAAUCAAAAGUGGUAAAGGUAUCAGGUGACCAACUUGGGAAGAAUCUGUGGAAAGUGGGAUUUUAUUCUUUUGUUCUUUUGUUUUCGUUUUCAAUUUGUGCCGUGAAAAUAUGGUGCUUCUCAUAUUGAGAUUUAUCCAUUGAUUGAUUCUCGUCUUACUUGCUGGUGAUUUCUAUCUUUUCUUUUUCUUCUUGUGACUGAUAUUUGAUGCGGAACAGCGAAAGGGAAGUCUAAUCUUUAUAUGAUACUCGUUAUUUAUUCCCUCUCCUUUGCCUUGAGCUUUUAGUCGAUCGGUUUUGCUGUUUCCGAUUCUCUGUGGAAUUUCAUUAUAUUCUCAUGAUCUUAUCCAAGUUGGUGUUCCUAAAGAAUUUGAUCGGUCAUGUUUGGUCAAUAUGGGCAGAUUAUCUUUUGAAGACUGAAAUUCAUCCUAGAAGUUAUUCUUGUCAAAUUUAUAGUUGACAUUAGAUCAUCCUGAAGGACCUUGGAUUUCUAAAUUCAGUGGGAAUAAGGCCACCAUGGAAGAUGCCGUUUUCUCACCGGGCGCCAUGCUGGGCGGGCCUUCAGAUUCAGCAAUGGACUUUGAUUACAUGGAUGAAUUGUUUUUAGAUGGAUGCUGGUUGGAGACAGCAGAGGGAUCUGAAUUCCUUACUCUUAGUCCGUCCAGUUCAAAUGCUUUCUUUGAUCCUGCAUUCAUGUGGCCUACUUCAGAGUCUAACACUGGUGAUUUGGGUGCUGGCCUCUCUCAAAUACAUAAUCAAGGAGAGAACCAGAGAUCAUUGUUGCCUGGGAAUUCACAUAUGAAUGGGACUCAAGCUGAAAGUUUGGUCAGUCCUCAAUUUAGCCACAUGGCUGAUGUUGACAGAAUUCACAGUCCACAUGGUUAUUGUAUAACUGAAGGUUCUGAGCUGAGCAAAAGGUGGUGGAUUGGACCCAGAACUAGUCCAGGUCCUGCAACUUCUGUAAUGCAGAGGUUAAUUCAGUCACUUGGUUACAUUAAAGAUUUCGCAAAAGAAAAAGAUGUCCUUGUACAGCUAUGGGUUCCUGUAAAUAGAGGAGGUAGACGUGUUCUAACUACCAGUGAACAACCCUUUUCACUCGAUCCCAACUGCCAAAGGCUUGCAAGUUACAGGAACAUCUCCGUCAAAUAUCAAUUCCCAGCAGAGGAGGAUUCCAAGGACACAGCAGGACUGCCUGGUCGGGUUUUCUUGAGUAAGGUUCCGGAGUGGACUCCUGAUGUCCGAUUCUUUCGAAGUGAUGAAUACCCACGGUUAGGUCAUGCUCAACAACAUGAUGUCCGUGGAAGCUUUGCCCUUCCUGUUUUUGAACAAGGUAGCAGAACUUGCUUGGGUGUUAUUGAAGUUGUGAUGACUACCGAGAAAAUCAAGAUUCGUCCUGAGCUCGAAAGUGUUUGCAAAGCAUUAGAGGCCGUCAAUCUUAGGAGUUCUAUAGCUUCCAGCGCUCAAAAUGGAAAGGCAUGCAAUAAAUCCUACCAAGCUGGCUUACCCGAGAUCAAAGAAGUUUUAAGAUCUGCUUGUGAGACGCACGGAUUACCCCUGGCUCAGACUUGGGUUUCUUGUAUUGAGCAAGGUAAAGAGGGCUGCCGCCAUUCCACUGAUAACUAUGUUCAUUGCGUGUCUACUGUGGAUGAUGCUUGCCAUAUAGGUGACCCUAAUAUCCUGGGUUUUCAUGAGGCUUGCUCCGAGCAUCACUUGUUAAAAGGUCAGGGUGUUGCUGGAGGAGCAUUUACGACUAACCAACCAUGCUUCUCAGCUGACAUAACUUCCUUUAAAAAGACUGAAUAUCCUCUUGCUCACCAUGCAAUGAUGUUUAACUUGCAUGCUGCUGUUGCAAUUCGUCUGCGAUGCAUCCACACUGGUAAUGCGGACUUUGUAUUGGAGUUCUUCUUACCUACAGACUGCAGAGAUCCCGAAGGACAGAAGAAGAUGCUUAAUUCUCUAUCCAUCAUUAUACGACAAGUAUGCUGUAGCUUACGGGUUGUAACAGAUAAAGAGCUAGAGGAAGAAACAGAUUUGGCAGUUAGCGAAGUUAUAGCCCCUUCGGAUGGCAUACCUAGUAGAGAUCAGUUAUCAAAAGAGCAGUGCACUCAUUGUUCACUAAAGUGUUCUUCAGAAAAUUCAUCUUGGACUGCCAGUCUCACUGAGGUUCAACAGAACACUAACGCUCCCUUGGGACUUGGAAAGGAAAAACCAAGGGCAAUGUUGGAUGAAGAAUUGUCUAAGGUGAAGCAGCAUCAUGAACAUGUUGGCCUAAGAGAAAGUGUUGAGUGUGGAGAUUCCACUUUCAAUGAGAUUAGCUUUACAAGUUUGGCUAUGGGAAAAACAGGAGAGAAAAGGCGUACCAAGGCAGAAAAAACGAUCACUUUGCAAGUUCUCCACCAACAUUUUGCUGGAAGCCUAAAAGAUGCUGCAAAAAGCAUUGGUGUGUGCCCCACAACCUUGAAAAGAAUCUGUAGGCAACAUGGAAUAAAACGAUGGCCUUCUCGAAAAAUCAAGAAAGUUGGACACUCCUUACAGAAACUCCAAAACGUCAUCGACUCAGUACAAGGUGCCUCUGGUGCUUUUCAUAUUAGUUCCUUCUAUUCAAACUUUCCAGAGCUGGCCUCUCCAAAAUUAUCUGGAACCAGUACAUUAACAACCACAAGGCUGAAUGAUCAGCCAAAGCAAUCAAGCAUACAGCCUGAGGGUGAUAAUUUCCUGCCCCAAGCUGCUACUUCAAAUUCACCUUCAUCCUCAUGUAGUCAAAGUUCCAGUUCAAGUCAAUGCUACUCCAGUGAAACGCAUCAACCUUCUAACAUUUUUGGUAGUGAAGAUCUUAUAAUCGGAAAAAGCUCUGGGGAUUGUGAGCUGAAAAGGGUCAGAAGUGACGUGGAGCUGCAUGCUGUAAGUCAAGAAGGACCAAAGCUGUUCCCAAGAUCCCAGAGCCUUCAAUCUCUCAAUGAACAGCUUAUUUCUGACAGUCUUCAUCCCAUAUCGAAGAAUACUAGCCAGAUUGCUCAAGAUUUCAAUGCUCAAAGGAUAAAGGUCACAUAUGGAGAAGAGAAGAUCCGACUCCGCAUGCAGAAUAAAUGGCGAUUUAAAGAUUUAUUGCAGGAAAUUACACGACGAUUUAAUAUAGAUGACAUAAGUAGAUUUGAUCUCAAGUACUUAGAUGAUGAUUCUGAGUGGGUCUUAUUAACAUGUGAUGAGGAUUUGGAGGAGUGUAUUGACAUAUGUCAAUCAUCCCAGGGCAACACAAUUAAACUCUCACUGCAAGUUUCUCAUCAUAAUUUGGACUGGUCUUCAGGUAGCACUGGUCCUUUGUGAUCUAAAGUUGUGAUGCCAGCGGGUAGUAUUCGUAUGAAUGCUUUCUCUCGUUGAUUCAGAUUUCAGUUUUCUCAGGGCAACAAAAUUAAACUCUCAUUGCAAGUUUCUCAUCAUCACUUGGGACAGGUCUUCAGGUACCACUGGUCCUUCGUGAUCUAAAGUUGUAGGACCAGCGGGUAGAAUUCAUACGUAUGCUUUCUCCCAUUGAUACAGAUCAUGGCUCAAAUCGUGCUUGGUAAGUUAUGAGAAAAUCGAUCCUGGCAGCAGUCUGAAACAACGUCUUUGAGAGCAGAAAUCUUAAUCCUCCUUGGUGACGAUUACCGUUGUUGGAAUGCUGUGUCGAAUGAAACAAUGGUUUCUUGGCCUAGCAGAAGUUAAAUAAAAAGAGAAAAGAAAAAUUUGAAAGGAAAUAAUUCUGACAGGAUUCAGGGAAGUAGAGUUUGACGACCGUUUUCUACUGGAGGAACCAGAGGUGGUUUUAAGUUUAAAAGUUUCAUUCAAUACCAUGAACGCCACCUUAAGCUGCCUGUGUUUCUGAGGCAGAGGCUUGAGUGCGUGAAAUUGGUGCACUUGGAAUCUGUUUCUCUUUUUCUAGAUGAGAUUUGCUGUAUAUUUAGUCAGGACUAGAGCAGUAAACUGCUGUGUCAAGUGAAUUUAUCAGAAAAAAAGAAGAGAUUUGCCUUCCCAGUU